GUUAUGUUUACAAACAAAACAUUUGGUUUGAUUUGAUUUGAUGUCUGUUUUCAAUGGUUUUCAUUCAACACUAAUUCACUCAUCAUUUCAUAAAAGCUUUUAAAUUUUAUUUUCGUUUGUUUUAAUUUUAAUCUCAAUUUUUAGUAUAAUUUGUAAAUUGAAAUGAAAUGUAUAAUUGUUUUAUUGAAUAAUUUGUGAACAUAAUAAUUGCUCGCAGAAGUGAAGUGUGGAUCAGAUGGAAGUGAUGGACAACAAGAAGAUGGUUUCGGUGGAAGAUCUGCCGGAAGUGGUGUUUGAGUACAUAUUAUCACAAUUAUCUCCGUAUAGACAACUCGAUGACUGCAAACUCGUGUCCAAAUGGUGGCGAUUCUGUGUCAGAGAAACCAUUUUGAAACUGAAGCGAGAUUUGGUGUAUUGUUUGAGUAAUCAAUUGAUCCAAUGGUCGCACUACUCGGUACAGAGCGGGCCCUCAAUCUCUGCC